GCCUCAUUGACGUCACCACUGCCCGACUGCUUUUCCCGGAGACCGGAGUAGAAGGCCAGCGAGUUGGUCAUAAUGGCAGGUGAAGAAAUUAAUGAAGACUACCCAGUAGAAAUUCAUGAGUAUUUAUCAACAUUUGAAAAUUCCAUUGGUGCUGUGGAUGAGAUGCUGAAGACCAUGAUGUCUGUUUCUAGAAAUGAGUUGUUGCAGAAGUUGGACCCCCUUGAACAAGCAAAAGUGGAUUUAGUUUCUGCUUACACGUUAAAUUCAAUGUUUUGGGUUUAUUUGGCAACUCAGGGAGUUAAUCCUAAGGAACAUCCAGUAAAGCAGGAAUUGGAAAGAAUCAGAGUAUACAUGAACAGAGUCAAGGAAAUAACAGACAAGAAAAAGGCCGGCAAGCUGGACAGAGGUGCAGCUUCAAGAUUUGUGAAAAAUGCCCUUUGGGAACCAAAACCUAAAAAUGCAUCCAAAGUUGCCAAUAAAGGAAAAAGUAAAAAUUAGCCUUUUAGUUUUGAUGUACACCUAUUGAAAAAGUACAUCAUUUUUAUUGUUUUCCACAAAAUAGAUGAUUAUGUGGCAAUACAAGGUUUAAAUGUAUUCCUUAUUGAAUUCAUAUAUAAAAUUUACAUUUUAAAUUUGUAAUGCUAAAUAUUUUUUCCCCAGAAAGAUUGUUAUCUUUAUUGAUUUUCCUAUAGACCACUAUGAGAUUUUUAACACUGUGGUAUAUUUUAUAUUUAUAGUUUAUCAUCUUUCUUGACAAGACUCUUAUUUCCCUAUACAGGUCAAUCUUUCAAGUACCAUUUUAUAAGCAACUAUGAAAUUUAAGUUAAAUGUUUUUUGUAAACAUUUGUCUAUUUUAAAUGAAUAAUGACUUUAUGAAGUAUGCUAUCUGAAGGCUGAAGUUAUAAAUACAUCUGUUUUCACUAUAUAAUAUUAAGAGAAUGAAAUGACUUAAAUGUCCAUUUUUUUCUAUGUUGUUACUUCAUGUUUUCAUGAUUUUGGGAAUUACUAUUUUCUUUUGAUAUUUGAAGUGUGAAAUUAAGACUUUAAGGUUAUAUUUUUAUUCUUGGCAAUUUGCCUCUAUGUCCCAUUUAAGGUAAAAUAUAUUCUCAUUAACUUCAGAUGGGAAAUGAGGUUGUAUAUUGAUGACUGAAUUUUGGCAUAAUAGCUAUAUCCUAUCAAUAAAGGCUGUAAAGUUUGUAUAGCUGACUUUAUUUUUCUCUUUUGUAUAAAUUUGCCCUUGAAAUUAGGAAGAUAGGUUUUAGAAAUCAUUAGGAAUAAAUUCAUGAGUUUUUGUUCCUUCUGCAUUAUGGCCAUAGUUCUCUUGGUCUCACUUUUUCAGAUUUUUGGAUUACAUGUUUUUGAGGUGAUAUCAAGUACAUACAAGUAUUUUGAAACAACUUCCUAUGUUAUAUAAUGCCACUUAAGGGGAAGAGAAAUCCAGAAGAGAUUAUAUUGUGUUUAUAUCCUGAUUUAUUUUUCUGGAAUAUUUGUCACAGAGAAUUAUAUGUAUUAAAUUUUUUUUAAUGUCUAAGUCCUUGAACUUUAAUUAUAUGCUCUUAAUGCUUUCAGUCUUUGAGUCCACAUCAUUAUGUAUAGGAAUGCCAAGUACAGUAAAGUACUUUAAUUUUUGAAAAAGAAGUUGUUAAAAUUUUCUUUGUGAUUAAUUCUCCAUAAGUAACCUUGAAUAAAUGGAUUUCUUGAUUUAUGGUAUAAGAUAUUGGAAACGGUCUUAAAAUGUAAUGGAUUUUGUAAAGCAUGUUGAACUCUUUCUAUGACACAUGAAGAGGAAGUCACUGAUAGAUGCAGAGUCUUUUGGCUCAGUUGUCAGACAGUUUUUGAAGUGGAAGAACAUUUAUAGUUAUUUCAUUCCUUCUUUCACCUUCAUCCUCUCAAAUUUUGAGCUUUUUUGAAAAGUAACUUCUUCAUGACAGAAAUAAAUGUUCUUAUGACCAAGUGUAA